UCACCGCUGCAUGGUCAUCGACCCACGCGAUCAAGGUGUCCGACUGAAGCUUUACUGGCUGCUUCAUGGCGUACCGGACGAUGACGUGCGAGUGGCUUUGGCGCCGUUUGGAAAAGUUACGGAAAUCAGCAGAGACAAGUGGAAGGUCAAGGGAUGCAUCGACAAAGGAUCAACAACCCGCUCGGUGACGCUGAAAUUAAAGGUGGGCGUUACAGUGGAUGACCUUCCUCACCAGCUGCGUGUUGCCGAAGACAUGGCGCUCGUCUUCGUUCCUGGCAGAGCGCCGCUCUGCCUCCGAUGCCGUGGCACCGGACACAUCCGACGAGAGUGCCGCGUUCCACGAUGUGGGAUCUGUCGGCGCUUCGGCCACGAUGACUCCCAGUGCGUGCGUUCUUAUGCCAGCGUUACAGGCCCACUCCGUAGCGACGUUGUGUCAGAACACCUGAUGGACGCCGCAGACGCCGAAGAAGCUAGCAGGGAAUACAACGACGGCGCGAAGACUGCUGCAACGCCCCCUGAAGCUUCUUCAGGAGCUGUUCAGGAAGCGAAUGGUGGUGCCGAGCCCUCGGCUGCAGCAUCGGAAACGAUGCCAGAGACUACAACAGAUGACGCAGAAAUCGAAGGCCGCAAACACGUUAUUGUCAGUAGCGCAAGACGCCGACCAGGAGGUAACGGACGCCGAGAUGCUCACGACCGGAAGCGUCGCUGCAAAGCGGCCUUACGAAGACUCCGACAACAUAGGGAAAGCGAGUGCGUCCGGCACCGGCGAGCCUCCAACGAAGGCGUCGACUGGGCGGCGGUCUUCGGUUCAACCGAAGCCAAAGUUGCCGCCUGA